AUGUCUGCACCAUUUUUCGAUACAUUACCUGUUGAAAUUCUUUACCGCCUAUUUGAUAAUCUCGACGCUCAAACUAUUCUUAUAUCACUUCGUUAUGUUUGCAAACGCUUUUAUUUAACAACAAAUACAUAUAAUCGAUAUAAUUUUAAUUUUAAAUCAAUAGCUAAACCUUAUUUUCAUCUCAUCUGUCAAAUUAUACCAUCGGAAAAUGUCAUUUCACUUACGCUAUCGGACGAAGAUAAAACACGCGGUCAAAUUCAAUUAUUUUUGGCAUUAUUUCAUAUUGAACAAUUUACUAGACUUCAAUCACUAACUCUUCUUGAAAUUAGCGAAACUUAUCUAAAUAUAUUUUCAAAAUAUAUUAUUUCUUCGUCAUUAAAAUCUGUUGCGAUUAGUACACAGAUUGUAAAUAAUCGUGAAAAAAUAACUUCAUCUCUCCUAUCAUCGGCUAUUGGACAUCAUAGUAUUCAAAAUCUUGAUUUGAGUAUAUGGGCUAAAGAUUGGAGAAAUCUACAAUGGCCUAUCAAUUGUACAUUGAAAUAUCUUCGAUUCGUAAACACUAUAACAAUAAAACAAUUUCGUCUUAUUCUUCGGCAGUUUUCUAAUUUACGAACUCUUACUUUAAAACAAAUUGAUGCAUCCGAUAAUGAAAAUUAUUCCCAUGAUAUAUCAUGUUCACAAUUGUCAUCGCUGAUAUUCGAAGAUGGUUUUAUAGAAGUAAAAAUACUUGAAAAAUGUAUUUCAUUAACACCUUCAUUAACUUACUUGCGAUUAAGUGGUACUGGAUCCUUAUUUAAUUCAUCAUUCGAUGGUUUUCAAUGGGAAAACUUAAUUCAAACAAAACUAAAUUGUUUGGAAAAGUUUGAAUUUUUCCUUCAUAUUCUAACGCCUAGUAAUUAUCGUUCUCGUAAUAUAGAAAUUCUUGUCAACUCAUUUCGAACAUCAUUUUGGAUCAAUCGUAUGAAUUGCGCUAUAACUUGUGAUUAUAUUACUAAUUCACAUAAAAUUAUAUUAUAUACUCUACCCAUAUGUACAACUCGUUUUAUGUACCUUGUUGAUUUUAAGAAGAUUUCCUCAUCAAAUUUUACAAGACAAAUCAAUCAACAAGAUAUGGAUCAUGUACAGAAAUUACAAAUACAAUUAACCAAAGAUAUAAAUUUCAUAUCAAAAGAAAAAAAUGAAUCAUCUAAUCCUGUUUUAUUUCGUAAUGUUACAAAUCUUACAAUUGAAAACAACGGCGAAUGGCCACAAGCUUCAUUACAAUUUCUUUCGACGAUUUGUGAUCUCGCGCGUAUGACAAAACUAUCGUUAUCUGUUAAUUUUACUCCUGAAAAUAUGUCAAACACUGUUACAAAUAUAAGUCUAUUAUUUGAAAAAACCCUCAAUCUUCGUUCAUUAUUAUUAUUCGAUUAUUGGGCUGCAGAUAAUUGUAUGAAACGUAUGAAAACAAUAUGUUCAAUCAUAUCUCCUAAUAUCAAACAUUUGAAAAUUCGUGUGAAAAAUAUCGAUGAUAUUAAAUAUAUUCUUGAACAUCUUGAACAUUUAACAAGUGUAACUUUUGAAUAUGCACAAAUCUUAACAAUAAAUCGUGAAGAUUUUAUUGAAUUUUUAGCAACGUUAACAAGAAUUUCAUCACUAUGGGAUAGUCAAUAUGCUUUAUAUGUCUGGCUUGGAAAUAAGAAAAACAUUUUCUAG